GUACGCGACAUUGAUGGCAUGCCGGUGAAAACGAGUUUUCGGAGUACUGGACGCGUCCAUCUUGGUUCUGGUGUAUAAUUUUAUGGGAUUAGCGGAUAGCGUAACCUGGGUAACUUAUGAAUUCCGGUAUGUUCGUUGCCGUUCUGAAGUAUUGACGAGUUUUUAUCGUGCAACGAAAUAAGUUCAGUGAUAACGUGAUUACUACAGUUUCGAUGCGCGUUGGUAAAAUAUCAUCAAUAAAAAAUAAUUCGGUAUGACCUAAUCGUCCGCGUUCAUUCAAUGUUGAGAACGUUAAUCGUUAUACGGUGCAUUUUGCCGCGUUCUUUGCCGACCGUAAAGAGUAUCAAUUAUAAAAAAAACACUGAAUAAAAUUGAAAGAAAGAUUAAGGUAAGGGCUCAUGUAUGAAUACAAUGUGGGAUCGUGACAAAUAGAAGAAAUGAUUGUUGUAUUUUUUUAAUCAAUCGACUCGAAAUAACAGCGUCGGAGAACGCUAAUACUUUUCAAAAAUUGUGCCAUAAUCGCGAACGAUAGCGAACACUUUUUAUUUACAUCGCAAUAUGACAGACUUCAAUUACUGUUGUCUCUGCGCAAGCGACGAGGGAAUAUUCCUGGACAUAUUUAAGGCCACCCAUCGCCAGCUAGGGAACAGAUCCCUCCUCAAGGAACUUGAAACGUGCUUGUCCGUCAAGGUUGACAGAAAAGGGACUCUAUCGUCGAAAAUUUGUCACAAGUGUGCAAUUGAGUUGGGUGAAUGUCACCAGUUUGUUGAAACUUAUAACCAAGCAUCCAAAGCUGCAUCGACAAAGCUAAAGAAGACUGUGACAAAGAAAUCCUGCUGCCUGUGCUUCACCAGUGUCAAAAACAAGUAUUUAUUUCAACUUGCCGAAGAUUUCCAGUCCAAAAUCGACCCUAUUCAGAAGAUAUAUGAAUGCUUUCAUAAAUCGAUAACUCGGGAAGAAUCUGAAGGUUUAUUGAUAUGCCUCUUCUGCCGCUACAACUUGGACAUCUUAUACGACUUGAAGAAAUUGGCUCGAGAAGUGAGGUCUAAACUAGAGAAAAUAACUGAGUGUAAAGGUGUUGUAGCAAGUUUACCAAAGACAGAGACGUUUGUGGUGAGUCGUAAGACUACCGUCCAUUCUGCGGCCAAACUUCAGUAUACCUCUGACUCAGAUAGUGAGUACAACAAAAUGGCUCCCAAACAGUUGCGCUCAAAAAGGCUUAAGAACCUCAAGCACCCUCAGCAAUUACAUUUCCGUACCUGCGGUCAAUGUGAAACUUUAAUAGAAGACGGUAUCGAUAUGUACAGAUUACACAGAACGGGCCUCACAGUGUGUAAAGCGUGCUGGAUAACAAUGGAUCCAAUAAGUACCAGGACAGGUAAUAAACGUAGGCCAAACACUCAGAUUGAAUCUAAAACCACCAGACUUUGUGCAGUGUUUGUCAAGGAUGUGCUGAGUGCAGCAUCGUCAAAAGAUAACGGAUCAUGUAAUGUUGAAAAAGCUGAAAAAGAUGCCCAAAUUUAUGUUAUAUCUGAUCACAGUGACACCGAGAUACCAAAUACUAAAGCAACUAGAAAAACUCGUCAAAAACGAGGUGUUGAUGAUAAUAAGUCGGAACUAGAAUCUUUAUCAGCUUCGUGGUCACGAACGAAGCGAAGCGCUAAGCAGGAGGAAGCUGACAGCGACAGUAGACCUAAUAAGAGAUUAAAAUCUGUACAAAAUGCAAUAGUGACGAUUCCGUUGGAGAAGGAGCAGUUAAGAAGAAGUACCCGGCUCCAAAGUUCUGAUUCUGAGGGUGUGAUUCUGCAAGACAACUGGAGCGAUGUCUCUGAAGUGAAAAAAAUUAAAACUGAAGAAAAAUUGAAUACUCUUCAUAUUAAAAAUAAGUCCGGUAAGAUUAAAUUGCAUGGCAAUAGUAAGAAACUGAAGACUCAUGAAGCGGGAUCUAAAAGUACAGAUCUACCUCCUGAGGCUGACACAGAAGCUGGGAAAGAAUUGAGAAAGGUACGCAAAAAAGUUCCGUUGAUUUCAGAACCCACAUUACCAGCCAGUCCGAAAACGAGAAACCUUGCCAUACGCACGAAACAAAGAUCAGCCAGCCCUGGUUCGAAACGAGAUUUAAAAAACAUUGAAAAAAAUAAAUCGAGUGAUGAAUCAAUCGCCAAUCAACGUUUGCCUUUGAAAAUCAAAGCUUCUCCUAAGCGAUCUAAAAAAUUGAUGAUGGUUAGCUUUCCCUUCAAACUCAAAAAUGCAUAUGUAUGCAAAGUUUGCAAAACAGAAUAUAAAAAUAAAGUGAUUGGAAUGAAGCACGAAUUGACCCAUUUCAAGCAGGUAGAAAUUAAAGUAGAGAAGUUGAAUGUCGAUAAUCAUUUUCAGACGCUCAAUGAAAAUUUGGAAAUGAAAGAAAUUACCCAAGAGUCCGCCGACGCUAGCUCUUUGCCAGAUCCGCCUCAGGUGAACGAGAAACUUCUCGAUCCGGAAAUAUCUACUCCAGCUGGUGAUGCUGAACAGGCCAAAGGAUCUGAGUCUAACACGGAUAAUACAGAAAUUGUUUGUAGUGAUUUAUCAUCAGAGUUGUUACAAGGAGAUAACAAAUCGCUGGAAUUCGAGAGUGCUAGAGAGACUGAUACUGUCAACACAUUGAAUAGGCCACUUUCAGAAGAGUCGACUUCAGUUAUUAAUAAUUCUCUAAAUGUUAUCACAGAGGAUAUCGCGCAGGAUUCAGAUCUGGUUAAUGACAAUGGAUCCAAAAAUAAUCAAACGUCAGAAACCAAGGUAGAUGAAAUUCAUCCCGGACCGAAUUUGCUCACAGAAUCCAAAAAUGACGACGAUAACAAUUCUACUGAAGAAGUAUCAAGUGAAAAAUUGGACAAAAGUUUACCUGAAGAAGUACCGACGGCACUUGAGCAAACUCUCACAAAUACCGAAGAAACAAAUGUUGUAGAGCACACGAAUGAUGAGGAUGUUAUAGUGGCUGCUGCACCAUCGAAUGAAAGCGGCGAAGUUGCGGAGAAAGUUCCAGAUUUAGCUAAGGAUGAGGAAACCGAUAUGCGUAGUCUUGUGGUAGACACGGAAAACUUGCUGGAAGACUUGGAUGAACACACAGAGAAGUUAGAAGAUGAAACAAUGAACACAAACGAUGUUCCGACGUUAAACGAUGUUCCGGCGUUAAACGAUACGAAUCACGUUGAUGGGGAGCAAACAGAAACGAACGAAAAUAAAGAAAUUAUCGACGACGAACUGGAUUCGGUGAAAUCCAUCACGGAAAUUGAUACUGUAGAUAAGGACCCUGGUACAAAAAACGAAUCGAUAAACCCGAGCCUGGAAGAUAAUGAACAAAGCAUGACAGAAGACAUCACUGAAGAUCCGAUAAACGAGUCUCCUCAAGAUAUUGAAGAACCCAACAACGUAACCAAUAACCAUGCGUUAUCUACAGUUACUGAAAUCCUGCAGGAAGUUAUCGAUCUUGCAACCGCAGAAGUUCAAAAGCGAGGUGAAAACGACCUCGUAUCGGAACCUGAAACAUUGGAAAGCAUUUCGAAAGAGAUAGAGAAGAGCACAGAUAAAAUGUCAACAAGCCUUUUAGUCAAGGCACAAGAAAAAUUGUUUCCCAGCGCGCGGUAGCACGGAUAAUAAUAUCGCUAUUGCGAAGGAAAACGAUAUUUUCAAGUUUUAAACAGCCUCAUAUCCCGCCAUGGCUGUAAUAGGACAAACAACCAAUGCAAACAUGUAUUGCUUUUAUUCACGUCACUCUUCGUUCAGUACCGUCAAAUUUCACGAUUUUAAAUUCAUUUUUUGUCAUGGUAGACGGAAAGCGGGAUUCUACGCCUACGUAGGACGAAAAAUAUUCUUCGCAUCACGGGCGUAACACUUCACACCCUUGAUGCGAAAAUAGCUAUUAUAUGCCCAUAUACAUUACAUCUAGCCAAGGCUACAGCUGAUUUGUAAGCGAUAUUCCGCCGAUCAGAAGCGUUUCUUAUUUCAAUCGACUCACCUAUGAAGCGGUAGAUGGAUUAUCAUCUACUAGCAUAGAGAUGUAGAUAGUCGUUGAUUUGUUUUUACAUGUAUGUACAUUUCUAUUUUAUUACAUUUUCUCAAAUUUGUUCUGCAGUCAAAAUUCACAUGAUACUCAUCUAUGAUAAAUAACAACUAUUCGUCUAGUUACGUGUUAAAGGUGUGCACAAUGUUGUACAUACACACAUGUAUAUUUAUUAUGCGUACACAAAAUGUGUAUACAUAUGAAGAUAGAUUAUACCUACAUAAUAUGUCAUAAGGAUUAAUGUAUGAACAGCUCUAUCUCAUGUUUAUAUAUAGAGAAG